GCUCCGUUUCCCGUUCUGAUUUUACAACGCGCCCGCUGAUUGGUCGAAACCGCUGGCACGACGGCCCCGUCUCCACGCAGAGGACAGCGGAACAUGGCGUCUCUGAGGUGUUUCCUGCGCUCAGGGAAGAAGGCCGUUGCGGCGGUGUUGCGGCGGGAGUUUCACGGGACGUCGCCGGCUGCGGUGCAGGUAACGGUCCGAGAUGCCCUCAACCAGGCCAUGGAUGAGGAGCUGGAGAGGGAUGAACGGGUUUUCCUCCUCGGAGAGGAAGUCGCUCAGUAUGACGGCGCAUAUAAGGUUAGCAGAGGCCUUUGGAAGAAGUACGGAGAUAAACGCAUCAUUGACACACCAAUUACAGAGAUGGGCUUUGCCGGCAUCGCCGUUGGAGCGGCCAUGGCUGGUUUGAGGCCCAUCUGUGAGUUCAUGACCUUCAACUUCUCCAUGCAAGCCAUCGACCAGGUCAUCAACUCCGCCGCCAAGACCUACUACAUGUCUGCCGGCCUGCAGUCAGUCCCCAUUGUGUUCCGCGGGCCCAACGGAGCUUCGGCCGGCGUGGCCGCCCAGCACUCUCAGUGUUUCGCCGCCUGGUACGGUCACUGUCCCGGCCUGAAGGUGGUCAGCCCCUUGAGCGCCGAGGACGCCAAGGGCCUUCUGAAGUCAGCCAUCCGUGACGAUAACCCUGUGGUGGUUUUGGAGAACGAGCUGAUGUACGGCGUGCCGUUUGAGAUGUCUGAACAGGCUCAGUCAAAAGACUUCGUCGUGCCAAUCGGAAAAGCUAAGAUCGAGAGACAGGGAAAUCACGUAACACUGGUGUCUCAUUCCCGAAUGGUCGGCCUGUGUCUCGACGCCGCUGCCGUCUUGGCCAAAGAAGGGAUAGAAUGUGAGGUGAUCAACAUGCGCACAAUCCGGCCUCUGGACUCGGAAGCCAUUGAAACAAGCAUAAUGAAAACCAAUCAUCUCAUCACUGUGGAGGGAGGCUGGCCUCAGUUUGGAGUCGGGGCAGAGAUCCUCGCCAGGAUUAUGGAGGGUCCUGCUUUCAAUUACCUGGACGCCCCUGCGGUCCGGGUCACGGGUGUAGAUAUUCCAAUGCCGUACGCCAAGAUUUUGGAGGACAACAGCAUACCGCAAAUCAAGGACAUCAUCUUCUCCGUCAAAAAGACUCUGAACGUUUAACAUAAUAGAUGUCCCUACUGGAACACAUUAAAUAUCAAAUACUACAUGUUUUCUUCCCGCUUCUGCCUCGCUGUUUUUGGGAAAUGGGAUGUCCUCUUUCAUCUUGUACAGGUCUUUCUGUUACACGGCCCUUUCUUCAUUGGCAAUAUAUUAAAAAAAAAUGUUCUCAUUGACUCUGACAUGAGGUUUUGUCAUGAGGGUAACGUUUAUUACGCCUAUAAACAACCGAUCAUGUGUAUUAUGCUGUAAAUUCUACUGUAAGCUAAAGUAAUAAACUUUUAUCACAAAGGGU